CAUGAAGAUGCGUUCAGCGAGUUUAGCUUCAUUCUUUGGCAAUGGCUACCGGAAUCUCGGUGCUCCAGUGUCCCUCCUGCGCACGUUAGAGUCAACCGGUGCUUCCUCUUUAUACAAGCUUAACAAGAACAACAGCAAGACGGUAUUGUCUUGGAGUUGUUUGAGUUCGAGCAGGAGAGAGCUUUCUUGCUUAUCUACCAAAGUGGAUGUUGCUCAAACAGCUUCUGCUACUUCUGUUAAUGGCUAUCCUGAAUACCAUCGGUUGCUUCCAUGUCCCUCACACAAUGGCCCACCAAGAGUUGAACACUUAGUUGUUUCAGAAGGAGGGCCUGUUCUAGAGUACAUCUGUAAAGCACUGGAUCUUCCUCCUCUGUUUGUUGCAGAUCUCAUCCAUUUUGGAGCAGUAUAUUAUGCCCUUGUAUGUCCACAGCCUCCUCCAAGUGCCACCCCAGAGCAAAUUAGGAUAUUUAAAGAAGUAACAGCACAAUCAGUUUUGAGUAAAAGAACAUCCAUUAGGGGCAAAACAGUACGAGAAGCACAGAAGACUUUCCGUAUAACACAUGUUGAUCAGUUUGUUGAAGCUGGAACAUACUUACGUGUGCAUGUACACCCCAAACGUUUCCCAAGGUGUUAUGAAAUUGACUGGAAGUCGAGAAUCAUAGCGGUGACUGACUCCUAUGUGGUUUUGGACAAACCUGCUGGUACAUCUGUUGGGGGAACUACAGACAAUAUUGAAGAAAGUUGUGCAACAUUUGCCAGUCGUGCCUUGGGCUUUUCCACCCCAUUGAAGACUACUCAUCAGAUAGAUAAUUGCACAGAAGGCUGUGUCGUGCUAGCCAGGACUAAGGAGUAUUGCUCAGUUUUUCAUGGAAAAAUCAGAGAGAAAAAGGUAAAGAAACUUUAUCUUGCUCUCACAGCUGCUCCUCUACCAAUUGGAAUAAUAACGCACUAUAUGCGUCCACUCAAUAUGGCUCCUAGACUUGUCUCAGAAGACUUUAUUAAAGGAUGGUACUUGUGUCAACUUGAGGUUAUGGAAUGCAAGAAGGUUCCCUGGCCAGAUUAUGUCAUUCAAGAAAACUACUGUAUUGAAGACUCUGGGUGGCCUUUGAAAGAUCAUGCUUAUGAGUGUAAAAUAAACCUUUUGACUGGUCGGACUCAUCAGGUUCGUGCACAACUGGCUGCCUGUGGGGCACCAAUAUUGGGCGACUCAAUGUACAUGCCAGCUACUAUUGCAGAGAUAGCCAAUCCUGGACUUAACCCAUUUGGCAAAUACAAGAAGCACACUAGUGAGAAUGAUAAAGAAAUUGCUAUGACAGAGUGGAUUUCCCAGUUUGGAAAAGAGCCAAGUGUUGCCAUUGGUCUCCAAGCAUGUCAAAUUUCAUGGGAUGAUGGUGAGCACUUUUACAAGGCAAGAUCCCCCUGGUGGAGCUCCAGAAAGGCUUAGAUUGGAUAUGUGGGUAAGAUAAACAGUAAGAUACAGCAUUUUCUCCUAUUACCUGAUUUUAAGGUCUGUGCCAUAUUUCACUCUUGUUGUAAAGGUCUCAUUUUUGUUUACAAGGGGGCUCUAGAAUUUUUAGUGGCCUACUUGCAGGCUAGGUUAGAGAGCAGAAAACUUCUUGAACUCUUUCCCCAACCCCACCAGGAAAAAAAAAAAAAAAGGCAUGAGAGACAGAGAGAGAUACAGAGAGAGAGAGAGAGAGAGAGAGAAUGUUAAUAAGGAAGUAAAGUUAUCAGGGUUGUCAGGAGAAGAUUGAAAAACGAUUUUGCACUUGUAUGAAGAAUUUAACUUCUGCUAUUAUGAGCUGCAAAACACAUCUUCAUGAAUCUACUCACCACUCAAAUCUUUAUCCCCUUGCUUGGACGAACAUCGUAAAUUUGUAUUUAAAA